CCACCCUUUACAACCUUAGGUUAAAGGCUCCUCGAUUGGGUAUAUGCGCCUUCGACAAUCAUAAAUUUAUUUUAAAGAAUCCUCUCCGGGCCAUUUUGGUAUAUAUAAUUAUUAAUGUGCUUAUUGGGUUUAAAUUUUCUUAAAUAAAAUAUCUAUUUUAAAUGUACUAUUACUAUAUUCACUACAUAUCCUUCUUAAUUUUACUUGUCUUUCUUACCCUUUCAAUUUAUCAUUCUUACUAUAAAGCAAUAGCAUAAUUUAAAGAGAAUGAAUUUUGGACUUGAGCGAAUACAAAAGUUAUUAGAUGCAUUAGAUCGACCUGAUGAGCGUACAAAGAUAAUUCAUGUAGCAGGAACAAAUGGCAAAGGAUCAGUGUGCGCUUACAUCACUUCAGUACUUUUAACUUGUGGAUAUACAAUAGGUCGUUUUAAUUCACCUCAUUUUAUAGAGCCGCGUGAUAGUAUUAAUGUAAAUGGACAUGCUGUAAGUCAGAAAACUUAUGAUGAAGCGAUGACAAAAGUGACAGAAAUAAAUUUAGCGGGAUCGAUUGGAGCAUCGUCAUUUGAGAUCCUUGUUGCAACAGCCUUUUACAUCUUUGAUAAGUCAAAUCUCGAUUUUGUUGUACUUGAGGUAGGACUUGGUGGGUUAUUAGACGCCACUAAUGUCAUUCAACAACCAGUCAUGACGAUUAUUACGUCUAUUGGUUUAGAUCAUGCCAAUAUUCUUGGCCAUACAAUAGAAGAGAUAGCGAUAGCAAAAGCAGGUAUUAUGAAGCCAGGAUAUCCGGUCGUGAUUGCACCACAGGAUACACCAGCAGUAGUAGAUACUUUAAUUCAUUAUGCUAAGAAAAUCUCUUCACCUUACAAGCUUGUACAACCAGCUGAGUUUAUCUCGCCUCAUGUUUGCAGACUUGAAUUUGAUGAGAGUUGCUAUUACAUUUAUUCUAUACAGCUAUUAGGAGACUAUCAACGAAUGAACUCAGCAACGGCUGUAACUGCCUUAGACUGGAUGUAUCGAAAGCAAAUAAUAAAAAUGAAUCCAGAACAAUUAGCGAUUGGAAUGAAAGAAACAAAAUGGCCAGGCAGAUUAGAUUGGAUAUCAAAAGAAGAUCAUCUAUUGCUUAAAACCGAGUUUGAUUUAGAUCGUAUCUUAGUGGACGGAGCACAUAACCCACCUGCUGCAAUUGCAUUGAGGGAAUACAUUGACAGUCUUGAUGCAAAUAGAGUCAUUUGGAUUAUUGGGUGCACUAAUGGCAAAGAUAUUGAUGAGAUGAUGAAACAAUUAAUUAGAGAAACGGAUAUCAUUUUUGCAGUUCCAUUUACUCAGCCUGCUGGAAUGCCAUGGAUACAAAGUACAUUGCCAGUUAAAAUCAAAGAAGCAGCUAAAGAUAAGGCAAACUAUAUUGAAUGCUUUAGUAAAUUAGAAGAUGCACUUCAAAAGGCAGGUUCUAUUUGUGACAAAGAUAAUGUAGUGGUUUUAUGUGGUUCACUCUAUCUUGCUGCAGAUCUCUACCGUCUUUUAUUAUGAUUUAUUUCCUAAAAUAAAACUAUACAAUUCAAUGAUUUUUAUUGGACGAGCAAAAAUAGACUACAAUAAUA